AUGGCCAACAAAGCUCUCGUCUUCAAGAAGAUCCCCCAGGGAUACCCCGUCCCCGGUCAGGAUCUCACCGUUGAGGCCGCCACCUACGAUUCCAGCGUUGCCGCUCCGGACAAUGGCGUCGUCCUGCAGUCUCUGUACACCAGCUACGACCCGUACAUGCGUGGUCGCAUGCGCCCUGCCGAGGUCAAGUCCUACGCCCCCGCCUUCGAGAUCAACAAGCCCAUCGAGAGUGCCAGCAUUGCCAAGGUGAUCCGCUCCAACAACGCCAACUACAAGGAGGGCGACCUUGUCAUCGGCCACGUCGCUAUCCAGGAGUACAUCGCUCUGGACAACGCCAACCUUGCCCGCAUCCGCAAGCUGGAUAACCCCCUCGGCAUUGAGGAUAUCCGUGUCUUCCUGGGUGCCCUGGGCAUGCCAGGUCUGACUGCGUACUCCUCUCUGUACGAGAUCGGUAAGCCCAAGAAGGGCGAGACCAUCUUCGUCUCCGCCGCUAGUGGUGCCGUCGGUCAGAUUGUCGGUCAGCUCGCCAAGCACGAGGGUCUGCGUGUGAUUGGAUCCGUCGGCUCGGAUGACAAGCUCGAGUUCAUCACCAAGGAGCUUGGCUUCGACGGUGGCUUCAACUACAAGAACGAAAAGCCCGCCGAUGCCCUGGCGCGUCUUGCCCCCGAGGGUCUGGACAUCUACUACGAGAACGUCGGUGGUGAGCACCUCGAGGCUGCUCUCGAUGCCAUGAAGAACUUCGGUCGUGUUGUCGUCUGCGGUCUGAUUUCGCAGUACAACUCUGCCCCAUACCCCAUCAAGAACAUCCACCAGGUUCUCGUGAAGCGCAUCACCAUGCGCGGCUUCAUUGUCGGUGACCCCGGUAUGGGCGACGUCUACACCAAGGAGCACCAGGAGCGUGUGCAGAAGUGGAUCAAGGAGGGCUCUUUCAAGGUCCUGAUCCACGAGACUGUCGGCAUGGACAACGCUGCCGAGGGUCUGGUCGGCAUCUUCUACGGCAAGAACAAGGGCAAGGCUGUGCUCAAGUUCUAG